UGCAAAGUGGGAGAGUGAGGCCACCUGGAGGGUUUUAUGGUGCGUCGCUGGUGUUCUGUGAGCGGGGCUACGAUGGUUUCUGUAAGAUGCUGUCACGACAACAUCCACUUCAUGUCGUGAAACAGCAGAACUGCUCUGCCUGGGGGGUGACUUCGGAAACAUGCAUACGAGGAGGAAGCAUGAAAUGGCUGACCUGAGAAUAGCUUCCUCUCUGAUGCUCAGUUACCCUCCCCUUCCUCUCUGCCUCCCUCUCCGGCAAUCUGAUGAUUUCGGGGCCCACAGUGCGCUGUGUCAGCGCGUCGGAAGCUCCCCCGAGGAUGGGAGGGCACAGGACUUAACUGCAGCUCCUCGCUCCGGGGGUGGGGGCGGUCUCAAGACCCCCUAAAAAGUCCUUGCCUUCUGGGGGUCCGCGGGCAGGCGGAGUGAUGGAGAGAGCGCUGGUCUGUGCGUCCCUGGGUCUCCUCUAUUGUACGGACAAGAAGGGUUAAAAACGGGCGCAAGCGCACAGCGCCGUGCAGCCGGGCUAGGGCUCGAACCCAGGUGUCUUGAUCACAGUGUUUCUGUUUCGAUAUUCUGUCCGCAGUCAGCUAACAUUUACCUCCCCUGGGGCUCAGCACGCGGGAAGUGCAGCUGGGAAGGUGUCAGGCCCCACGGAGGCUGAGGCAGGAAACACACACAGAUCAGACACAGGACAGAGGGACAUGAGUGCUGCUGGGUCUUUGAGGACGGGCCUCCAGGGGACGCCUCCGUGGCCGGGCCGGGGCUGCUGUCCGGGGGUGGUGGGGAUGGCCUCCAGGAGGCGACCUGGAGGUGGGAUGGGCCUGCUCCACACAGAGGAGGAGGCGAAGGCUGGGGGCCAGGGGUGGCCAGCAGACCCUGCCGCUGUGUGCAAGGUUUCACUGCAGGCCCGUGAGGGGGACUCUGCCCUGUGCUUGAGUGGCACGUGGGGACUGGGUGCAGGGCCAGCGUGUGGCUCCCGUGACGGGCCGUCCAGCCCGGUCCUUCAGGGGCCGCAUCCUUGCCGGGGUCUUCGGCAUCCGGAUCCGAUGAGACCCACUCCUUGGAGGAAAGCCCGCCCCAGGAAAAGGCGAGCGCUCUGCGACCCCCUCCCUGCUGUCCGUGCGGGCUGGGCUCACGUGCCCUUUUCCAGGACAGCCGCCUGCCUUCCAAGGGGUCACUACACCCCACAGGGCAUUUAUGAAUUCAAAGAUUUGCAGAUUCCUCGGCAGGCGUGUUUCUUGCUAGGCAGUGAUAUUUCAAAGUCUGGGCAGCUCCCAGCCCAUCGGGCAGACCCGGGCACCUGCGGCCACGCCGUUUCCCCGAGCUCUGGGGCCCCACCGGGCAGCGCUGUGGGCCUGCGGCGCCCGCCCGGCGAACACCUGUGGGGCCCUCCAGCACCUGAGGUCCCUGUGAGUGUUGCCCUGUGUGCGUGGCUGCCUCCUGGUGGCGGGAGGCACGCGGCCUCUUUUUGGCCUUUCCCUGAUAGGCAGAAGCCCAGGAGGUUGUCCAGGCAGUGGUGGCCCGGGGUGGGGAGCCUGGGUCCCGCCUCUGCGGCAGCCACGUGUGGGCGGCGCUGCGUCAGGGGCUGCGGGGCUGGCAGCCUUCCCUCGGGGCAGGCGGGCUCACACCCUGGGCCUGGCAGCCUGUGGGGCGGCACAACAGACACACCACCCCAGGCUGCCUCUCCCGGGUGGAAUUAAGAUGGGAAGUCUGGGAGGAAACCAGAGAAGCAGGGAGGGGGGUAGUGGCGGGGAAGGUGGGCAGGGGAGCAGAGCUUCCCGGAAGUCUGGGGCAGGUCGGGGCUCUGCCUUGACCCCUGUGGGUGCCCCAGCUGUGCCUGUCCCCGCAGGCUGCCAGGGCAGGUGCUCCCCUGUGGGGACAGCCAGUGUGCCUGAGGGCUUGUCCCUCUCUCUUUAUAAUGCACCUCCCAUAAGUAAUCUAUUUAACUUAACCCUUCCAACACCCUAGGACACGGGCCUCUCCAUCGCUCUGUGGGGCAGCCAGCCCGCGCCCUCUCCUGCCUGCUGCAUCCAGGCUCUGGGCUUCCAGGGCUGGACCAGGUGGGUGGGCGGGGGGACAUGGCAGCUCGCUUGUCACAGGCUGGAGAGAGACAGGAGGCACUGUGUCUGGGGUCCGGCCCGGGCGAGUGUUUCAUAGGUCAUGUUUCUCAAUGUAAAUUUCCUUCUUAAAAAAUUUUUUUUAUUGAGGUGGAAUUCACAUGUCUAAAUACUAACCAUUUUAAAGCAGGCAAUUCAGUGGCAUUUAGCACAUUCACAAUGUUGCGCAACCACCGCCUCUAGUUCUGAAACACUGUCACCACCCCAAAAGGAUUCCCCCUCCCCAGCCCCUGGCUACCACCAAUCUGCUCUCUGUCUCUAGGGAUUUGCUUGUGCUGAUGUUUCACGUCAAAGGAGUCGUACCACGCGGGGCCUCCUGUGAUGGGUCUGAGUUUCUUCCGCGUGGGAACGCCUGUCCGUGCCGCUGAGUCUUCUUUUGAGUAAAAUGGGGGAGUGGAGUUGCUGGGCCUGCGUAGCUCCACGUGUACUUUUGAGGACCCACCGAGCUGUCUGCCCAGAUCUCCUUCUUGUGAGGCUGCGUCUGAAACACCAGUGGGCCGGCAUUCCGCAUGCUGUAUUGCCUUUUGUUCUCACUCUGGCGCUGAGAGGUACGUACUAACGUGAUUCGCACUUGCAAGGCGGGGAAAUGGGCUCCCGGAGGUCGGUCGGGUGGCCCGCUACCGUGCGGUGCAGCGAGGGCUUUGGGCUCUCCCGUCGUCGGGCCCAGCCUCUGAUCCUGCUCUUCCUUGGAGCGUCUGUCCUGUCCCUGCCUCCUCCCAGAAGCCUUCGCAAGGGCUGUCUGGGAGCAGAGCCCGGUUACAGUUUUAUCUUCCGAGGGUAAGCUCCUCGCAGGCAGUGAACUUGUGUGCUUGGCCUCUGUGGGCCCCCCUGGACCAUGCACACAGUAGGUGUCUUGCAAAUUACCGAGUAGUGACUCUUAAUGGGCUCCCCAGGCUGGUGCUGAUCCCGGGCUGCGGCUGUGGCCUGGAUAGACUUCAACUUCUCAGCAGUCGCUGUGGGGGGACCGAUGCCUGCUGGGGUGUUCUGUGAACUGUGGGUCAGCCGGCUUCUCGAUCGUCUUUCCGACUUAAAGGAAAACUAUGCGCUUGGAAAAUGAGAUGCUGCCAGGAGAGCCCAAGUUGCCUACCUCUCUCCCAGAAAAACAGAUCAUUAUUUUCCUUCCUUUUUCUUCCCGCCCUUAGCAGAGCAGAUGUUAACUUUCCAAUAAACGGGGGAAAAAAUAGAUGAGAGACAUUUAGCUGUGCAGACCAGAGUUAUCACUCUGAUUUCAACUGGGACUAUAAAAUUUUAUGAGCUAUUAAACUGUCCUAAAGCCCCUUUAACACACUAGCUCGAGUGCCUGAGAUCACCCAUUAGGAAAAGUGGGCCACACCAGGAGGACUUCUGCUACCAACACUCAGUUGUGCUCAAUCAAUAAAACUUUUAACGAGCCAUGUUGCUUUGGGCGGAUUAUGCGGAUCUGCUGGGAACGGGCCAGCCAGUGGUCCUGGACACAUCCUUGAGCGCGGCUGUAGCCGGACAACAGAGCUCUCAGCUGGGCCCAUCCCCGCUGAGCCUUCCAGAAGGUUCUCCUUGCUUGAGCUUCCAUGAUCAAGAGGUGGGUGUGGCUGGGAGGUGGGUGUGGCUGGGAAGCGGGGCUCAGAGACCAGCAUGUCACAGGGAUGCUCGCCAAGAACCUGGCAGGGACCCCAAGGGCAAGACCCCACUGUGGGGCGGGAGGUCGAGUCUGGACGGUGGGCAUCUCACCAGGGAGCGCUGGGGGCCCCUUGGGAGUGGAGAGGCCCUCCUCUGGGGUUGACCCCAGCCAGAAGACUGUGGGAAGGGAGCCGUCACUACGCAGCCCCGCCAGGUUCCAGCCUUUACAACGACCACCCUGUGGCAGACAGCACCCCUCAUCGGAAGACCACUGGGCGACCCACAGACCUUUCCCCUCAUCCCUCCUUUCUCCUGGACCUGCCUCCCCAGGACCCACUGCCUCCUGACCUCCUGGCCCAUUUGGACUUCAGCUUUGUUGCUGGAUACAGCUCCACUGCAUGCAACUUCAAGCAAAUGAAGUGAGGCCAUCUUACUCCUCCAAGGCCUGAGGAGGUUUGCCAGGGACACACGCAUGUCAAGGAAGACAGACAAGAGAUGGGAAAGCAAAGCCAGCCCCAGGGAUGGAGUUGGGAAGCCAGCAGAGCGACCAUGUGGCCGGCCCUGAGGGCAGUGCUGAGCUUACUGGCAGCCAGGGCGAAAAGGGAAACGUGACUGAAAAGAGGUCUUCCUGUUCAAGAGAGAAGCCUUCUGUGGCCUCGUUUACUGGAGGGUCCUCACGCCCAGGCCUGGAGGGACAGGCACUGAGGAAGGUGCAGCCCACCCUUCGUCUGAGGCUCUGCGUGAAAGCUGUGAGAGGAGCCUGCUGCGGGGUCAGCUCGUGGGUAUUUACCUGUCAGCAGGGAGGAGCCUGGGAGCCGAAGCCCUGCCCAGGGAGCGAGGGCCGCCUGGAGGGUUGGGGAUUGGACGUUUCGAGGCAGAAGACUCUUGGACCCCUGGUCUGGAGAGCCUGGGCAGACUGCGGCGCCACCCGGGAGUGAGGGGCCCUGGAUGAACCUGGAGGUGACAGCGGUCAUUGUGGCUCUGGCCCCCGGGGGGCUACUGUAAGGGCUGCGGGUCCACCUGCAGGAUGUCAGUGGGCAGGCUGGCUUCGGGCCCCGCCUGGACGCUAACUGACUGAGGCCUCGGACAACUCCUGCCCCGCCCAGGCCCCUGGGUCCCACACCUCUGGCUCGCUCUAAGUCAUGCCUGGGGACACGGGGCACACCUGCCCAAACGGCCUCCCUCGACCCUCGCCCACCACCACCCCCUCCUUUCCGUGGACCUCACGCCCCAUGCGGUUCUCCCAGGGCUGUUUACACAAGGGGAGAGCCAGCCUGGUGUGGCGAGUCCUUGUCUCCUGAGCCCGCACGGUGACGCCGGGGACGCAAGGCCAGACCAGAUGCCUUCUUCUCCUCCCCCUGGCAGGGCAGGCUCUCCAGCCCCAUCGGCUUGGUGGUUCUAGACGUCCCCUUUGCCCGCCUGCCUCCCCCCAUGACAGCUUUACUCUUCUCACCUCAAGUGCAUUUUCUCUCUAAAAAA